GAUAUUUAGAUUCUGCAAAUCAAAAUGCCACAGAAACUUCAAAAAGAAGCGAAAUCCCAGAAAGAUGAGAUGGACCAAAGCAUUCCGGAAAGCAGCUGGCAAAGAAUUGACAGUGGAUAAUUCAUUUGAGUUUGAAAAACGUAGAAAUGAACCAGUGAAAUACCAGAGAGAGUUGUGGAACAAGACUGUUGAUGCAAUGAAGAGAGUGGAGGAAAUAAAGCAAAAACGCCAAGCUAGAUUUAUUACGAACAGAUUAAAGAAGAGCAAAGAGUUGCAGAAGGCAGAAGACAUCAAAGAAGUCAAACAGAAUAUCCACCUUCUUCGUGCUCCACAUGCAGGCACACCAAAACAGCUGGAGGACAAAAUGGUGCAGAAGCUACAAGAGGAUGUGGCUAUGGAAGAAGGCUCUUAAAAUGCUUUUAUUUUCUAUUUAUAUCUCUUCAGCAGUUAACAGUUCCUUACUGCCUCACCUGACAUCAUUCAGAACUGUGCUUACAGUUGAAGAAAAAUACAUUUUAAUGAAUAGUGGUCAUUUACAGUUUGAAUGAUUUUUGGUUUUAUAAAAAAUAAUACGGAUAUUGGUUUGGGCAGUACUUACAAUUAUGUAAUUUGAGAAAACCUUGUCAGCAGCAUGGAGAAUAAGGCAUAAAGUUUGAGAUACUAUGUGCUCCUUGGAAAGUUACGCUUGCUUUCUGGGUAACAUUUUCCCUGAUAAUUCAAGGAAUAAAACGUGUCGGCCCUGA